AGGUUGCUUCGAACCAUCAUGUCUGCUGUCAACCCAGUCAACCCCAAACCUUUCAUGCAGGAACUCACUGGCAAGCCAGUGUUCGUCAAACUAAAGUGGGGACUAGAGUACAAGGGUUACCUUGUCAGUACAGAUGGGUUCAUGAACCUUCAAUUGGCAAAUACAGAGGAGUAUCAAGACGGAAAGUCGAACGGCGCGUUGGGUGAGGUGUUUAUAAGAUGUAACAACGUGCUAUAUAUUAGGGAGGCACCAGCCGAGAAAACCGAGUAGACCUAGGCGGUCGCGUUACGCGUUAUACGAUGUCUUAUCUCCACUCAAGAUUUUUGGUCAUCACGACCAGAAGCGAAUCAUGCAUUUGCUAGUCUUGAUUGUAUUAUAUGCUCGUGAUGUAUUGGCGAAGUAUCUUUCUUCUUGUGCUACGCAAUAUAUUGAUCUUAGGGAUUCAUCGACCAAUCCGGCGUAAAUGAGAAAAUAAAUCUGCUGAAAUCCUC